UUUUGAAAUGUAAUUUCGCUCUUUUUUUUUUUUCCUUUUGUUGCUGCCAUGAGGUUAAUAGAUGGGGGGACAUGGCCAGUUUGACGUUGAAGGCCCGUCAUCUUCACCAUUGAUUACGGUAAUUAAGGGUCAACUUCUUCCUCCUCCCUUAUGAUCCGCUCUCUUGUUCCCUCCCUCUCUCAUCGCCAAUCCCUCCGCUCUUUUCCCACUUCAGUUUCACCAUUCUCCUUUUUCCCUCCCCGUUCUCUCUAAAAGGGGGAGAACUCACCAUCUCUCUCUCUCCCUCUCUCUGUUUCUCUUUCUCUCUCUCUCUCUCUCUCUCUCUCUGAGGCCUGGGGGACAGAGGAUUUGUGGAAUUUGUGGCUUUGUUCUUAAGAGCAAUUGUGGUUCGAAACUGCAUUCAUUGUGAUCUUCUUCUUGGACCAUUUUGAUUGGUAGAGGAAGAAACUUCUUUUUCUGUCGAUUAUCUGCGGUCCAAAUUUUUGUAGGUUUCUCUGGUUUUGGCUCAACUUGCUGUUCUCAACUUAUCUGAGAUGGAAAAGGAUAGGUUUCUCGUGAAUGGUGGUGGCAGUAGCCUCUCCGCCUUGAACUACAGAAUCCCCCUAACCAUGGACAUCCCUUCCUCUUCCCCAUCUGAGCCCCUUCACAAUUCCUACCUCAACGUGAACUGGGACUUUCCCAUCGACCAGAGUCUCCAGUACCACUCUGCUGUUAGCUCCAUCGUCUCCUCGCCCACGUCGUCUUCUGCUGUCCCAGCCGGCGAGAGCGUCGCCAUUAAAGAACUUAUUGGAAAGUUGGGGAGCAUCUGCAACUCUGGAGAGAUCUCGCCACAGUCUCAGUCAGUGGGAAGUUAUGUGGUUGGGAACGUCAGUGCUAAUACUUCUUGUUACAGCACGCCUCUGAAUUCCCCGCCUCCCACUCUGAAUCUCGGCAUUGAGCAGUCCAGAGUGAGCGGGGGCCUACCCAUGUCUGGGAAUUCAAUGUCCGCCCACCAUAGCUUGACACAGUUCUCAGCUGACCCGGCCUUCGUAGAGAGGGCUGCUAAGUAUUCUUGCUUUGGGAACAGGAGCUUGGUUGGAGGGUUUGGCUUUCCGGAGCCUGAAUUGCCUUUUAAUGGCAAGCUUUCUAGAGUCUCCAGUAGCCAAUCUCUCAAGGGCGGGGCCUCUGCUUCAGCCAAUUUGUCUGAAACAGAGAUGAGAUCUGCUUCUGGUUGUGUCGGCAAUGGGGUUGCCGACAGAAAGCUUACCAGGCUGUCUAGAGCCUCCACGCCUGUCUCAGACGAAGCAGAAUUCGGCAACGGGCGAGAGGAGUCAACUGCUUCCGAUCAGUUGGGUGCCGGCGAGCUUGGACUGAAGACUCCGGCAGAGGCUGGUGGCAAGAAGCGGAAGGCAAUUCCGAAGGGGAAGCCGAAGGACGCAUCCAUUUCACCAAGCAGUAAACAGACCAAGAACGCGGAGGCAGAUGAGUUGAAAACAAAGAAAAGCAAAGGAACAGAAGCAAGGCCCAAUGAAGAGACUGAAACAAAGCCAACGGUUGGGGACAAUGGUGGUUCAAAGGCUGGAGACGAAAAGCAAUCAAAGGAAACCACCCAGAAACCCCCUGAAGCCCCAAAGGAUUACAUCCACGUCCGAGCUCGAAGAGGCCAAGCAACAGAUAGCCACAGUCUUGCAGAAAGGGUAAGAAGAGAAAAGAUCAGUGAGCGCAUGAAGUUUCUGCAGGAUCUAGUCCCCGGUUGCAAUAAAGUAACCGGCAAAGCUGUUAUGCUUGAUGAGAUCAUAAACUAUGUACAGUCACUGCAGCGACAAGUUGAGUUUCUUUCCAUGAAAUUAGCCACCGUGAAUCCAAGACUCGACUUCAACAUGGAAGGGAUCCACUCAAAGGAUAUGGUUCAACCACAUGGGUCUUCUCCGCAGAUGAUGUACCCUUUAGAUUCAGCAUUUCCUUAUGGCAGCCAUCUCCAACAGGGACCCCACCAGAGCUCCAUCACUUGUGCCACAGAGACUCAGUGCUCUGUAAAUCCACUAGAGUCUGCCCUGUCCAGAAGUCUUGGCGUGCACUUGCCUUUGGCUGAUGGAUACGGAGAUGCCUCUUCACAGCUCACCACAUUUUGGGAUGAUGAACUUCAAAAUGUUGUUCAGAUGGGUUUUGGACAGAACCAGGAAGCUGCAUACACCUCACAGAAUUUCCAUGGCUCAUUGCCGACAGCCCACAUGAAAAUUGAACACUAAUUGAUGAAUGUGAAGCACUGGCUCUGCUGUGAAGCAAUCACUUCAAAAGCUCCAAUUCUCUGUGGCCCCCUGUAUAUAGGAGAACUGGGAUGAUUACCAGCAAACCUGGUCGUUAAAUUAUCAGUCUCGCAGGUUGCCAAGCAAUCUCCUCGCGCGCGUCGCCUUCUUUUUUCCCUUGCCGACCGAUUCUUUUGCAAUUUUUUUCUUGAGAUGUAUUAUCGUUGUAUAAUUCUAGGCUAAUUGCGUCUCUGUGGUGCAAAUGAAGCCUCUCACCACAGGUAAGAUGUACUAUUGUAACUGGUAUUAAUGAAAAAACUUUGAUUUGUAGCCA